AUGAAGGCUCUCCUCUCUCUGGGGUUCCUCCUGCUUUCUGUCAAUGUCCAAGCCAAGGUCUUUGAGCGAUGUGAGUUAGCCAAAGUUAUGAAAACACAAGGACUGGAUGGCUUUGCGGGAAUCAGCCUGGCCCACUGGGUAUGUAUGGCUCAGCAUGAAAGUCACUUAAACACACUGCUUAAAAAGAACUUUGGAGGCCGACCCACCGUCUAUGGGAUAUUUCAGUUCAGUAGCGAAUUCGCCUGUGAUGAUGGCCAAAUGCCAAAAGAGCGGAAUCAGUGUGGGAUGCCCUGCAGCGAUUUGCUCUUGGAUGACAUCACUCAAGCCAUAAAAUGUGCGAAGACAGUUGUGAAGAGUCCAGAAGACAUGAAAAUAUGGUCAGCUUGGACAAGACACUGUCAACAUGAAGAUGUCUCCCAGUACAUUAAAAACUGUGGAGUCUAA